UUAGUUGGCUCUCUAUUUUGUGGGUUAACUGGGCAGUUCUUGGGUCUGGGUCAACUUGGCUUAGCCAGACUCGCUCAUAUACCUGUGGUAAGCUAGUGGUUCAGGAUGCAACUGGAUAAUUUUUCACAGCCUCAUGGGCAUGUUUGGUAGUUAGCAGGCUCUUGGGUGGGCCAGGGUGACAGAGAUAAGUGGACCUUGUUUCUCUCAUCAUCAGUGAGGCUAGUCCAGGCCUCUUCAUGGGGCAGUUGCAGAGUUCUGAAGAGCAAAGGGAAGGCACGCCAGAACGCAUCAGCACUUUUGAAGUCUCUGCUUACAUCACGUUUUUACUUUCCUAUUGUCCAAAACAAAUCACAGCCCAGGCAGAUUCAAAGGCUGGAGAAAUAUGCUCAGCAGUGUGAUGGGAGGAGCUGCAAAUCCACAUCCCAGAGAAGCAUGUGUACAGAGAGAUGGGCAUCAUUCAGGGCCAUAUCUGCAAUCUAUCGCAUAGAUCGUCAUCCACAUGCUGCCCACAUUGGCAAAUUGUUGCAGUGUUGGAACUGGCCUUUGGUGCCCUUUGUUUCACCUCUCAUGAUUUUCCUACUCCCUCUCUCUAUAGCCAACCAGAGCCCUCAGCACAGCCUUAGGUUGGAGUCUUCUAUGGUGAUGAUAACCAAAUAAUAAUCUGAAGUCCUGCCCACAUUUUUCCUUAGAUAAUCUUAGCCAUCCUGCAUGCAAUAUUCUCAGCUGCUGGAAAUUUACUUCUCUCACUCCAGGAUUCUGGCUGUCAAAUGUGGGAAAUUCUACUUUAGGGAUGGUUUUGUGAAUCUCUGGAUUAGCUAAAACCUCAGCAUAAAGUGUGUAGGGAUGGGGAUUAGCUACAGAUUUUGCGGAAGCCAGAGUGGCAGUUUCUGCAACAUCUCUCUUCUGUUUGUUUGAUAUUUUUAAAAGAUUGCUCCAAUUACAGAAUAGACUGAGGGGGCAACAAGGAAGUAGAGAGACUGGUUAGGAGACAACUGAGGCAUGGGUGGUGAUGGUAGCUGGGGCUAGAAUGAUGGUCUUCAAGAUGGAGAGGAGAUGGACGGAGCCAAGGGAACUUACUAAUGGGUUGGGAAUGGAAAAUAAAGGAAAGAGAGGAAUCAAGAGCCAUUCCUAGAUUUUCGGUCUGAGGAAGUGAGUGAAUGUUGAAGUAUCUCGAAAAAUCAAAAUGGAGUUAAUAACAUUGUCUGUAAUGUUGUGAUAUGAUAAUGUAUGCAUUUCCUCCAAGCAGAAAUCAAUGGUUGUAACACAGGAUUCCUUAUGCAGGAACCAAUCUUACUCUAGGGCUACACUGGGACGGUCUACCUUCUUGGAGAAACAGGCUCUCAAAUGCAUUCAUCAGUUGCCUUCCGUCUGCUCCCAGUCUGUGCUUAACAAAUCCCCAGACUCCAACUCUAUAGCCACAUUAAAGAGCUAUGCGGAGAAUUACCGAAUACAAAUACAGAGAAAGCCAUAGAGAUUAUUUGUUGUCUGACUCAAGGCACAAUUAUUUGGGAGACAUAGUUUCAGUUGACAUGUUAUGCUGCUCUGAAAUUAACUUUCAACUUCCCCAGAAAGUGGAAUAUGCUUAACCAAUGAAACUAAGAAAGUAUAACUCUACUGAUGUUAAUCGGGCUUGGAGACCAAAACCCCAGAGAUUUGCAACUGAGACUUGUCUAGUGGGUAAGACUGGAGCAGGAAAAAGUUCAACAGGGAACAGCAUCCUUGAGAAAGUGUUUAAUUUCGGCCUUGCAGCAAAAUCCAUCACCAAGUGCGAGAAAGGGAGCAGCAUGUGGCACGGGAAAACAAUUGUCGUUGUGGAUACGCCUGGCGUUUUUGACACCGAGGUACAGGAUGCUGACACCUGCAAAGAGAUUGCUCGCUGCAUCCUCCUGACCUCCCCGGGGCCUCAUGCUCUGCUCCUGGUGGUCUCGCUGGGCCGUUACACGCAGGAAGAGCAGAAGGCCACUGAGAAGAUCCUGAAAAUGUUUGGACACAAAGCUAGGAGAUACAUGAUUCUCUUAUUCACCCGGAAAGAUGACUUGGAAGGGACCCACUUCCACGAUUACCUAAAGGUAGCUCCAAAAGUCAUUCAAGAGCUGAUGAAGGAGUUUGGUGAUCGCUACUGUUUGUUCAACAAUAAGGCGACGGGAGCUGAGCAGGAGGCCCAGAGGGCGCAACUGCUGGCCUUGGUCGAGCACGUGGUGAUGCAGAAUGAAGGAGGAUGCUACACUAAUGAGAUGUACCAAAGAGCAGAGGAGGAGAUUCAGAAACAAAUCGAAGUGUUGCAUGAACGUUACAGAGCAGAGCUGGAGAGAGAGAAAGCGCUGAUAAGAGAGGAGUACGAAGAGAAAAUCAGAAAGCUGGAGGAUGAGCUGGAGCAGCAGAAGAAAAUGGCACAAAUGGAGAGGGAGUUAGCUGAAAGGGAGAUUGUCUGUGCCUCAAGGCAGCGAAAUGCCAGAGAAGAGGUUGAGAGUCAGAAUGCGAUCCUUGAAUUAAUCUUUGGAGCACUGAAGAUUGCUUCCUUUGUCAUCUCCCGGCUGUUUAGGGAAGAUUAAGCUUAAUGAAAAUCUGUCGAUACUUCUUGCAUAUGUUCAGGUGGCCCUGCCACUCAUUCCCCAAAGUCAGAGCACGCUGGUCUCUGUCUCUCAGGACUCAGGAGUGCAGUGAAGUUCGCUGUUGGCAGUUGGUAGAUGUUGAAUCGAUUUAACAGGGAGGGACAAAUUCUCAAUUUGUGAAACUCCAAAGCAGAAAGUAUUGAUGCUCCCUACCUUGUGAAUUCUUUCCCAGAGACAUGGAGAAAAGGAAUGCAGGAGACCAGAGAAGAUGACCUCGAGCUCUCUCUGCUCAUCCCUAGUAAAGAUUUCUCUCUAGAUUCUUUCCAGACUGGCAGACAGUCACGCCCUGGGGCUUUUCUCACUUACUUUCCCUUUAGGAGGACAGUGAGUGAGCAAAAGCAGUGCUCUGCGGUACUCACCCAUGGAGAUGCUUAGAGAAUUCUUUCUCCAUGCAUGUAAAUGUAUUUAAUUCCGUUUUCACAGAAGGGCUCAAUUUGUUCCUUAUUGUCUCCCCAUUGAAGUGUCGAUGAAGAGUUCCUGGAAGAUGGAUCUCUCAGAACUCAAUUAGGUGAAAUGCCAGAAAGUGAGAAAGACAGAGACUCAACAGAUAGGACAAGAAUGUUUGGUGCAUUUGGAUGCAUCUGUAGAAACUCUGACCAACCUCAAAGUGACCAAUUUGCUGAAUAACCAGUCCUCUCCUUUUCUGUGAAACUAACUGCUGCACCCCCACCUCCAUAACCCCACAGCUUGAGUACUUACUGCUUGGCGGGUCACCUUCACUCUGCUGCUCCCACCCAGUUGAGUUAUUUGCUUAUUAUUACUAUAAUAAAGCUUUUCUGUUCUCUCAUA